CUUUUCUUGUUAGCAGAUAGACUUUUCUGUAUUUUACCAAACUUGUCCUUUGACUUUUGCUAGCAUAUUUGCCGACUUUUACUGAUAUACAAAUGAAAUUUUAAUAUUUUUGUUCGUUUAACUGACUUUGUGAGGUUUUAACAUGUUUCACAGCAGCACAGAUGAAGUGACACCCGGCGGUGACACACAAGACUGUGGACGACCUCUCGGGGUGUCCUCGACUGACAAAAGCGGGUUGAACGAAACUACCUCGUGUGAAUCUGCUUCCUCUAGUUCAUCCCACCAAUGUUUAGAUGAAAACAGUUCGAGCUUCAGCCGUGGUCCAUUACUCCCCCGGAUACCCUCAGUCAGAGGUCAGCCCCCUCACAGCUUCACGUCAGGCUGGGCAAACUCAUCCAUCAUUGCAUCCAUCUCUGUCAGCACACCACUCUGCAGCCAUAGAGGAACACCAAGACUCAGGAAUACCCUGGGGUCACACUCUGCACGGACACCGCUGACAGAUCAUACUGCAACAACCUCCUCCUCCGCGACCAUAACCUCUGGCGCUUCUGUGAUAGUGGCUGUGGUUGAAGGGCGUGGUUUGGCCCGGGGAGAGAUUGGCAUGGCCAGCCUCAACUUGAAAUGUCCAGAACUUGUACUAUCACAGUUUGCAGACACUGGAACAUAUGCUAAGGUUAUAACUAGGAUUCAUAUCUCAGUGCCAAUGGAAAUACUGAUGUCAGACACGGCCAGUGAGAAAGGAAAAGGGACAAAACUCUUCAACCUCAUCACAGAAAACUUCCCGGGAGUAGCUUUCACAGCCAUCCAAAGGAAGUAUUUUAAUGAAAGUAAAGGACUGGAGUACAUUCAGCAGCUGUGUGCUCCAGAAUUUGGCACAGUCCUCAUGGAAGUGCAAGCUAAGAGUGAACAUAGCCUUUUAGGGGUACUUAAUCACACAAAAACACCGGGUGGUGCCAGAAGGUUGCGCUCAAAUAUCCUAGAACCUCUAGUUGAUGUGGACACCAUAAACAUCCGCUUGGACUCCAUACAGGAGCUGCUGCAGGAUGAGGAGCUCUUCUAUGGCCUCAAGAAUGCUAUUGGUCAUUUCCUUGACAUCGACCAGCUGCUCUCUGUUCUCAUCCAAAUCCCGAAGCAGGAAACAGUGCAGGUUGCUGAGGCCAAAAUUACACACGUUAUUCAGUUAAAGCACACGUUGGAUCUGGUGCCAGGGUUAAGGAUGGUGUUGAAGAAUUGCAACACAGCUCUGCUUAAAGCAUACAGCUCCUCUCUGGAAGACAACAGGUUUGACAUGAUCCUGGAGCAGAUCAAGACAGUAGUAAAUGAUGACACUGCCUAUCUGAAGGGGAGCCUGAACAUGCGCACCCAGAAAUGUUAUGCUGUCCGCCCCAACAUUAAUGAGUUCCUUGACAUUGCCCGCAGAGCUUACACUGAGAUUGUGGAUGACAUUGCAGGGAUAGUGAGCCAGAUGGGUGAGAAAUAUGGAUGGCCGAUGCGUACCAGCUUCAGCACAACUCGAGGUUUCUACAUCCAGAUGAAGCUUGAAGGAGUGAUGUUGCCAGAAGGGAAACUCCCUGCAGAGUUUAUCAAGGUCACCAAGCACAAGAACAACUAUGGCUUCACCACUGCAGACCUGAUGAAAAUGAAUGACCGCUGUGAUGAGGCCCUGAGGGAGAUCUUUCACAUGUCAUAUGUGGUGAUAUGUCAGCUGCUGAGCACCAUUCACCAACACAUCCACUGUCUGUACAAGCUCUCUGAUGCUGUAUCCAUGCUGGACAUGCUGCUGUCACUGGCCAAUUCAUGCACCAUCUCAGACUACGUACGUCCAGAGUUCACAGACACUCUCGCCAUCAAGCAGGGACGUCACCCUAUACUGGAGCGAAUAGUGGGACAGCAGCCCGUGGCAAACAAUAGCUACAUUUCCGAGGGCAGCAACUUUGUCAUCAUCACUGGGCCCAACAUGAGCGGCAAAUCCACCUACCUCAAACAGGUGGCACUGUGUCAGAUCAUGGCUCAGAUAGGCUCUUUUGUCCCUGCUGAGUAUGCUUCUUUCCGAGUUGCUGAUCAGAUUUUCACCAGGAUUGGUGUUGAUGAUGAUUUUGAAACUAAUUGUUCCACCUUCAUGUUGGAGAUGAAGGAGAUCUCCUACAUAAUUCACAAUGCAAGUGACCAGUCCCUGAUCAUCAUAGAUGAGUUGGGGAGAGGCACCAGUGCUGAGGAGGGCAUUGGAAUCUGUCACUCAGUCUGCGAGUUCCUCCUUAGCCUCAAGGCGUUCACCCUCUUUGCCACCCAUUUUCUUGAGCUGUGCCAACUAGAGUCUCUAUAUCCCAAUGUUGAGAACCAGCACAUGGAGGUUCAGCACAUGCGCAGUGUUGACACAGACACGGAGCGUGUGGUUUAUACGUAUAUGCUGAAUCGAGGAUGCUCUGAUGAAAGACACUAUGGUCUAAGAGCUGCAGAAAUGACUGCGCUUCCUUCAGACAUAAUCCAGAAGGCCAUGACAAUUGCCUCCAAAGUCAGCCAGCAGCUUUUGGCCAAACAUCAGAAUGAUCCAGAAACACAGAGGCAGAGAGCUGUGUACCACCUGGCAACCCGCCUCCUGCAGACUGCCAGAAACUCCAGACUGGACCCAGACAGCUUGCGUAUGUAUCUGAAGGGCCUGAAGAAGCAGUUUGAGGCAGAGCUGCAGGCAGCGUCUACUGACAUAGAGGAGGAAUGACUGACUCAGCUUUAAAGAAGGGAGGGGCAGUGGUACACUGAGAAGAUGAGGAGAUCAGAGCCUGAUGGUCAUUGAUAGUUUUACCAUUGCACUAUUGUUAUUUAUUAAUUAAAAUAUAUAUAAAAAGUGAA